CACACCUACAAGAGUGGCUGCCAGUGAAGGGUUUUCCUGCAAGAGACACGGCAGAAAACUAAAAAGCGUUUCAGCAUUGCACAAAGUGGAAAUCCUCUGGCAAGAAAAAGUAGAGCUUUAACAGUAUGUGAUGGCAGACAGAGGUCUGGCAUCAGUGAAUGGAAGUUCCUCUGAUCUGCAGGAUUAUAAAUGGAGAAGUAGAUGCAGAAAAGAUCAGCUUAGAAGAAAAUUGUAAUUAUUUUUUUCCAAGAAGUUUUGACUGAAAGCAAUCUGCAGCUGUAACUGAUUUGGGCAUUUCUGGCAAAUCCAGAGAGGGAAAGCAUCUUGACUAGAGAUUUCUUCUCUACCAGAGGACACUUUGCUUCCAAGAUGAACCGAUCACUGACCCUGCUAAACUCUUCGGGGGUUAGUGAGAGCAGCUCACUGAUCUCUGUAAUCAUUCCCUUGGUGUACUCUUUGAUUUUCCUGAUAGGCACCGUGGGCAACUCUCUGGUCCUUGCAGUGCUGCUGAGGAACGGGCAAGUGAACAAUACCACCAACCUCUUCAUCCUCAAUCUAGGUGUGGCUGACCUCUGCUUCAUUGUCUUCUGUGUGCCCUUCCAGGCCACCAUCUAUAGCCUGGACGAUUGGAUCUUUGGCCCCUUCAUGUGCAAAGCAGUGCAUUUCUUCAUCUAUCUGACCAUGUACGCCAGCAGUUUCACUCUCACAACUGUAUCCUUAGAUAGGU